AUGAGUUAAAAUUAGGAUAAAAAGUUACCAGUUCGCUUUGACUUAAAUGAGCCUUAGCAUAAGCAGCUUGUUAACAACAUUUUAUUUACAUUUGAAGAAGACUAAGAAAAUUAUUCUUUAAAUUAAACGAACUAAAAUUCAGUAACUGUAGUAUAAGCUUAGCCAUAAUCUUAAUUGUAUCUCUAAAAAGUUGAUAUUAAAAUAGCAUAUGAUUAAGUAUAAAAAUAGCUAAGUCAACCUAAAACUUAAAACACUCCACCUUCUGUAUUGGGAAAAAAGAAUUUUGUCAAAACAAGAGUCUCUUCCAUCAAAGCCAACUCUAAAUUUACGAAUGCUUAUAAUAGUGAAAAGGAUUUUGUAUUAGAACUUAAAAAAAGAGAUAGCUCUAAUCAUUCAAAAGAUUCAUUAACAGAUUUAUCUAAAUCUAGUGAUGAAGAAAGCGAGGAAUCUGAUGAAGAAAUAUUUGAAAACUCUGAAAUUAUGAAUUUAUAAAGAAAAUAAUCACAAUCAACAAUUGAUGAAGUGGAGGAAAAAGAACCAUAGGUAGAUUAAGAUUGUUAAAACUACUAAAAGCAAGUAUAAGCAGCAGUGGAAUAAAUUUUAAGAUAGAUUAGAAACAAAUAAGAACAAAGGACAAAUAAAAAUAAAUAGCACUAUUCAUUUGAGUUGAUUGAUUUAAGCAACUUGUUAUUUUUUUACUUAUUCAUGAUAUGGUCUGAUGAUUUUGAAAAUUUGAAGAAACUUCACGAGUAUUGCUAAACGAAUAUCACCUAAGAAAAAAUAGAAAAGUUAUUUACUUACAAGCUUUUUAAUAGCUUUUUUGAGACAAAAAUAAAUAUGAAAGAUAAAAUGAAAGAAAUAAUAGAAUUGGAAAACUGUCUGGAUUAAGUUUUCAAAAUUUUAGUUCAAUCAUAUUUUUUACUUAUCAAGCAAAAUGUAUUUGAAGCUAGUCUACAUUAUCAAUAUUUAGUUGAAUUUAACUAACUAACUAGUGGUUUGUAGUACUAAUAAAACCAGAAAUUUGAGUUCUACAUAAGCUAAGAACUAUUUAUUCAAGUUAUGCUACAAUAAAAUGAAAACUAUGUUAAAAUUUUUAGAGAGAAUACUUAUUACAUAUCAUUUGAUAUUAACCAAGAAAAUUUUGAAUACAUAAAAUAAUGUUAAUAUUAAAACUAGUAAAACCCUCACCCAGUCUUAAAUGAAUUAGUCAUGAUCUAUUUUUACACUAUCGAAAAAUUAAAUCCUAAACUUAUUACUGUCAUAGUAAAUCAGAUAGAGGAUAACUAAGUACUUUGGAUCAUUUUUAUUCAUUUUCUUAAAUAUCACUUGAAUUCUUUUGCAGAAAAAGUUCUGAACAAAAUUACUUAAAAAUCAGAAUAUGAAAAAGAAAUUAUCAACUUGUGUUUAAUAAAUAAUAAUUUUUAUAUUCUUUUUUAGUUCUAUUAAAUGACUGGGAACAAAAUUAAAGGAUGGAUUGAAGAUUUUGAAAAUUAGCAAAUGAUGAUUAAAGGUUUAGCAAGAUGCACAGGAAUUAAUUUUUUAUCUCUGCUCUUUUUUAUUAGAAAAAUUUAGCUUUGGAGUUAAAAAGAUCUUAUUCAUAUGAUGGCUGAUACAUUGCAUAAAAGACUUGAUGCAUCUCAUAGUGAUAAUAAUUUCCUCUUUACUUUUAUCAAUCCUAUUAAAACCAUAGUCCUUAUCAUUGAAAUCUUGAUUACUACUAUUAAAAAAGAAUUCUUCCAUAAACACAUUCUAGAAAAGACAAGAAAAAAAUAUUCUAGCUUUGCACAGAAACUAAUUACAAAUGCCCUUGAUGAAGAACAAGCAUUUGAUAUUUUUCUAGAUUGGGAUUUAGAUGGAAGAAAACUACUUUAUAUCAUUUACGAAAAUUCUAUGGAUGAGUUUAUAGCUUCUGAUAAAGUUUAAGAAGUUAUUGACAUUUUGUGGCAUGGAUAUAGCACUACUACAACUAACUUUAUAAAUUUUUGCUCUAUAGGGUAGAAUUUAACUAAUCCUACUUUGUAAAUACAAGCAAUUAUGAGCUAAGAAUAAUGCAUUGGAUAUCCUUUUGACACUUCUUACUAAAGUGAAGAUUUUUUUGGGAGAUUAAGUGUUUGGAAGAAUUAAAUUUAGUUUCGUAACUCUAUCAACCAGUUUUUUAUUAUAAUUUUUAUGAUUCUAUUUUUGGCUUAUUUUUUGGAAAGCUUCUCUAUUUUUACUGAAGGAUUCAUGCCUAUUAAAGAGGAUACUAAUCUAAUUGAUGCAACAAUAACUAAAAUGCAGGAAAAUAUGGCAAAAUGGAUUUUAGUGAAUAUAUUUGUUGGAGUUAACUUACCAUUAAAUGCUGUUAAUAAUUUAAAUUAUUUGAAAAAAUAUGAGAAAAACGCUACCUUCACUCCAAGCUAGAUAUUCGACAUAUUUUUUGGGAUAUUAACUAUUUUUUAUACGCUAUUUAUAUUUACUAUGCAUGUAUUAAGCUAUGAAAACAGCUAACUUUUUAUGAUAUAUUUUCUCAACAUUCUUACUGUUUGCUGCUACAUCAGAUUUAUCUUGUGUUUGACUGCUACAAGAGCUUUUGGUAUAAUCCUUCAAGCUUUAGGUGUUAUCUUUAUAGAAGUUGCUAAAUUCUUCUAACCCUUUUUAGCAAUUUUUAUCCUUUUCACUUUCGUAGGAUUCAUUUUAUUUAAUCCAAUUGAGAAUGGAUAAUUUUAAAACUUUAUUGAGAGUUUGUAUUUUUUAGUAGAGGCUAUGUUUGGUCAAUUCAAAUUCUAAGACUUUUAAAAGCAAUAUCCGAUCACAGGUAGCGUAUUUAUGCUGGUUUAUAUGUAUAGUUUAAACAUUAUUCUCAUGAAUGUCCUUGUUGCUAUUUUAGCCUUUAACUUUGAAAAGACAAACAGAUAAGCAAGAAUACUUCAUUAUUAACAUAUCAUUUAUCAUAUCAGAUAAGGAAACUAUAUACAAAAACAUGGCUGUUUAAUUCUCAUUCCCAUUUUAUUAUAGUUCUUAGCAAUUCCUUAUUUAAUCAUGAAAUAGAUUUUUAACAGUAACCCUUAAUUGAUUAAAAAGUGCGAUAAUUUCUUUAUUUAUCUUUCAUACAGUCCCAUUUUUGCUGUUGUCAUAAUUUGUACAAUCUUAUUUAAUUUAAUUCUACUGCCUUUUGCCUAUAUUCAAAGAUUAUUCACUCUCUCUAAGCUCACAUUUUACAAAUAAGUUAAAUUUUACACUCUCCUUUUGUGGUUUUUAUUUGGAAUCUUAUUGCUUUUGAAAAGAAUGUUUUAUGAUGAUAUGAAAGAACUUGUAGCUUAUAUGUUUUGUUAGUAGAGUCAAGCUGAAAGAGCAAAUUAAAUAUAGAAGAAACUAAGAUUUGAUUAGAAUAUGAAGCAAAUUUUUUAAACUAUUUGUAGAAUAUAUAUGAAUGGCUAAAUUUAUUGCACUAUUAGUGAAUUGUUCAUUCAAGUAAAAGAGGAUAUGCUAAAAUAAAAUAAAUAACAGCAACAAACAACUUGUGUAGAUGAAGAUUAAAUUAUUGGUGUACAUUUAAUCAAAAACAAAAGUAUUUCUAGACAAAGCCUUGCUUUUAACUCACCUAAUUUAGAAAGAUUCUAAAGCUAAAAGCGAAACUCUACUCCUUUACAUUUGUAUCUACUCUAAAAAUAAAACAGUAAAAAUUCUAUGCAAAAAAUAGACUCAAUGAAUGUCAAGCACACAUUUUAAGGUAUUUCUUAAAUAGAAGAAGAAUGCGAGCAGCUUUUUGAAUACUUUGAAAGAUUUUGCUUCAAAGACAUUGCAAGAGGCGAUGAAAAAAGAGAUUAUGUUUUAAAUCUAAAAAAUGUUUUGAAAUUACAUGAAAGCUACUCUAUUGUAAAUCUAAAUGUUGUCGCGCAUUUUUAGCUUUACAAAACAAUAAAGGCGCAAUUAGAGUGA